AUGGCUACUGAUCUUGCCCGGCCACAAGGCCAGCUGUCACCAGCUGAAGCUCUUCGUCUCGCUCAGCAAGCUCCCUCCAUCCUCAAGAGCAACCCCAAAGCUUUCUCGGCUUCUCCUCUCGUAUCACUCUUCUCGGCAGCAGAGACUUCUGAGCUAUGGACUAUAUAUGAGAACCUGAUUAUCACGUGCCUCCAAACAGGCGAUGACGAUUCAGCGCAUUUAUGCUUGGAAAGGUUGAUCUUGCGAUUUGGCGACGAGAACGAACGCGUGAUGGCGCUCAAGGGUCUGAUUAAGGAGGCAGCGGCAACAAACAACAACGAACUACAGGCCGUUCUCAAGGAAUACGAGGAUAUUCUGCAACAGGAUGGAACAAACAUUUAUAUCGCCAAGCGACGAGUGGCCCUGUUGAGAUCGAUGGGAAAGACACCCGAGGCGAUCUCAUCAUUAGUAUGGUUGCUCGAGUUCAACCCUACAGAUGCUGAGGGCUGGGCAGAGCUUUCGGAUCUCUAUCUUUCGCAAGGCCUGUACUCUCAAGCUAUCUAUGCCCUGGAAGAGGUUAUUGUCCUCGCACCGAACGCGUGGAACUUGCACGCAAAGUUGGGCGAGGUGACGUUGAUGGCGGCCAACGAAACGAGCGAUGGAUCUUCUCAAAAGUAUCUCGCAAACUCAGUGAAGCGCUUUUGCCGAAGCAUUGAGCUUUGCGAGGACUACUUGCGCGGCUACUAUGGCCUGAAGAAGGUCACUGACAAAGUCUUGGCUGAAGCAGCCAAGUCUAAGAAGCAGCAACCUGAAGACGGCGAGUUCGCGCUCCCAGAUCAAGAAACUCUUAAGAAGUUGAAUCAGGCGGCGACCCAAAAACUGGCGGAGAUCGUUCGCAGAUACGGAGCUCAAGAACCUCUGUGGCAGGGGUACAAUGCAGAUGAGAUCGCUGCUGCUCGGGAGUUGCUGAACAAGUCGUCUUCAGAGGUUGUUAGGUGA